AUGGCCAAAAAGCAGAAACAUGGGUCAUAUUUCGACAAGCCUAAAGGUGAUAUCUCAGGGACACCCUUCCCCGACCUUGUAUGGGAAGAAAUCGCGAGCUACUUGGAUGAAGGGUCGUUGUUCGAAUUGGGACGAGCAUGUCGGUCGCUAAACGAUUUCGCUUUUACCUUCUACCUCGAGACGCAAAGCGAGUACUACACCUUUGGAGAUUUCCUCUCUGCCCCUGUUGGCUAUCCCCCUUCCCUCUUGACAGCUCUACGAUGUGCUCUAUUCGUGAAGGGCCUUCGCCGCAUCAUGGUGGGCCCUAAAUCCGUCGAAACCCUCCAAGACUUGAUUCAACAGCUGCUCGAUCUCCGCGCCAUUGUCCGCCAGCAAACCGACUGUCACACCUUGUCCUUGUACCUCUCCUCCGUCGAUUUCCGAAUUCAAAAGUGCGGCGGAUUGGCAUUUGCGAGGGGGAUCCGCGUGUCGGAAACCGCGUUCCAGGAGCUCUUGUGCAGCCUGGUGACGACUGCUGUCAAUAAAGGUUGCAAGAGCCUGGAUAUCAGCAAGGGAACCGCACUCUUCACUGGACGUGCUUUUGGGGCCGGGCCACUUACAAGGCCUUCCUAUUCAAAAACGAAGAAGCAGGCUGCGCCCGUAACGAUCGAACCAGGUCCUAAAGAAGGGCCUCAAGAGGCGACGAGUAAAGGCCCCGGGGCUAGUCUUCCAUCGCUUGGGUCGCAGCCCCAGGCACUGAAGGGUCCACGACCUGAAGUAGAACUCCCGGGUCGAGCACGACACUCGCUUCUCAACCUCAAACGGCUCUUUCAAACUGGAUUCCGGAAGAAGAAACCGAAACCGAUGGCUUCCCUGAGCCCUACUCCUACAACUACGCCUCCUUCCGCCUCUUCGGCUCCUGUGAGACCUGAGCUGGAAGUGGUCAGCUCGUCGAAGCAGGGCAUUGCACUUGUCCCUGGGCCAUCAGAACCUGAACCCUCCCUGAGCUCGCAGACAAGCCUCCCCAUGCCCUCUCACGGACCAGAUAUUCAGUCGUCACUACGCGAAAUCCAACUUCGAUCCGACAUGCUUCUCUUACCUCUCUUCUAUGACUUUACUUCGUCUCUCCUCAGAGCCAGUUCAUCCACCCUCAGCAAGCUCGUCAUCGAAUGCUCUUCCACACCUUCGUCCGUCUGGCACGACUUCUUCACCUCGGUUCAGAUCUCCUGUUUGAGGAUGCUGGAGAUCAUUGUAAGCAUGCUCCUAGUGGAGGAGAUGUUGGACAUCGCACCGGACGACCUUGCUUACUUCCUCUCGCGCCACACGACCUUGGAGGUGAUAACCCUCUAUGGGCUAAAGCCAGGUGUCCCAUCGCAGGCUCUAACGGAGCGCCUUUUCAUGCCUGGAUUGAGGUCGUUUAGGGGCCAUCCGGCGUAUGUGUCGUGGAUCCUCGACCUUGAUCCGGCGCAGGUACCACGGCUCGAGCGCGUCGUUGCCAACACCGAGUACUACAGCAGUAAUUCAAACCGACCGUUCGAUCAUCGAUUGUUGGACGGGGUGCUGCAGUCGCUGGGUGCGCGAAACCUCACCCUUGGACUCGACUUGACGAUUACCGAAGGACGGGACGAGUGGUUCCAGAGCCGCGUGGACGAUCCAGACAGUGGACCAAUUAAAUCGCUCACCAAUAUCCGGACACUCGACCUCAACUACUCUUGGUAUAUGGUCCUCAAGCCGCCCGAACUCGAAUUCUUGACGCGAUUCAUCAAUACCUUCCCGGCGGUCGAGCACCUGCUGCUAAACGAAUUCGCCAUCGAUGUGGAGUCGACGGGUUGGGCGCUAAGCGAAACUGAGAAAGUACAGGACUUCUUUGCGCGUCGUUGCCCGAGGUUGCGAACCGUCAAGAUCAAUGGGCGUCUGUCUAUCUCGCUGGUUCCAGUUUCGGUGAUGGAGCCGGGCUCUAAUGGACCACAGUGA